AUGGACACUGGACACACUUUUCCUACUGGAUUCAUGUUGAAGGAGAAAGACACAGAACCCGUACCCCUUGAAGUGGAGCUAAUGCGGCGCGUCUGCAGGGCUCCCACUUGCCCGGGUAUAAUCCAGCUGCUAGACUGGUUUGUGGGACCCUCUGUAGUAAUCCUAGUCCUAGAGCGCCCCCUGUACUGUACGGACCUGCAAGUGUACAUCAAAUCAAAACCCGGGGGCCUGAACGAAUCCAAAGCCCGGCGGAUCUUCCGCCAGGUGGUGGAAGUCAUGUGGCACUGCCAAUCCAGGGGUGUCUUCCACAACGAUCUGAAAGCAGAGAACAUCCUGAUACAGCGGAAGAGCAAGCAAAUCAAGCUCAUCGACUUCGGCUGCGGGUUCAUCCUGCAAGAUGAGGCCUACAAGAAGCUGAGGGGCACUGUCCAGAACUUCCCCCCGGAGGUCUUCCGGAAGAAGUGCUACAAGGCUGUGCCGGCAACAUCGUGGUCCCUGGGCCUGCUGCUUUUUAACAUGCUUUGUGGGGAAAAACCCUUUGUUUCCAAGAAGGAAAUCCUUCAGGGCAUUUUCCAGUACAAGCGCUUCAUUUCACGAGACUGCAAAAUCCUGAUUGAGCAUUGCCUGUCGCCGUCCGCCGACAGAAGGCCAACCUUGGAGGAGAUCUUCAGUCACCCCUGGAUGAAGAGGAAGUCCUUGCUGGCUCCGGUGAUCUUCAGGAAGUUGCAGCGCUUUUGUGAGGGAGCUUGA